AUGGGUCACGAAGCUUACCGGCACCACAAUAUGGGUUGGGAAUGGGGCAACGAAGUGCUAGAUUCGCUGAUGGAGGAGCUGGCAAACCAAGCAAAAUCGGCGAUGGAGACUGGUAUCACCACCGAGCACGGUACGUUCUUUUUAUGCUUUAUAAGUCUUGAGGGCGACCUGCCUGCUCAGGCAAAGAUUUUUCAUUGCAAACGAAAUUUCUUGCGUGUUCCGAAUCCCAUGUGCCCAUGGUGCAGUGCCAACGGCACUACGAUCCCAUAUACUGAUGUUCGUACUACAGCUUCUUGGAGGGCCACAGUGGGUCAGGAGGUCCCAUGGAAUAGCGAGCCACCAUUGGCUGCUUUGAGUACGAACGGCGACGCGACCUUUUUGGCGAAAGAUAUUUUUCACCUCGUCCAUUUGGGAAUUGGUCGCACGUUCUUGUCUUCUGCAAUUUGCUUCUUGGUUCGCCUGGAUCAUUUUGUUCCCACAGACGAGGCUCUCGGGCGAAGUAUUCCUGUCAGGAUAGAAGAAGCCUACAGCGAUUUCAAGCACUUUUGCAAGCACGUCUUGAAAAUGACACCAAUGGUUAAGCAAUGGACGAGAGAGAAUUUGGGCUGGAAGGGCCCGCGCAGCAUGCCUGACAGUAGCUUUAAAGCUUCGGACACGCACUUGAUGCUAUCGUGGAUUGUGGACUAUCUGGGGCGACCUUUUGAACACAACAACUACAUGAAGCACAUGUUUGCUUGCGCUCAUGGCCUCGACGAUUUCAUGCGGACAUGUUCCAAAGCCGACCGUAUCUUCAUGACGCUACCUGAAGCACGACGUGCGGUGGACUGUUUGGACAAGUUCCUGGUCAACUACAUUCGGCUGGCGUCUGAUGCCAACAACGACGGUCUGGUUUUCUUCAAUAUCACCCCCAAGGCUCACUAUAUUGAUCAUGUCCGUUUGGAUCUAAGGAAGCAGCUGUCAGGCCAGCAACGUAUCUUGAAUCCGAUGGCAUUCUCAACCGCCAUGGCCGAGGAUUAUGUUGGCAGAGCUUCUGUGAUAUCGAGGACGGCUCACCAGACGGCCAUGCCGCUGCGCACAGCGCAGAAGUGGUUGAUCGAAACCAGACUUCGGUGGCGGGGUGAGCGAUAA